CUACAGUUCAGAGGGCACACCAUCAGAGACUGGCUGAGAGAGAGAGACAGAGACAGAGGUGAUCCAGGGUGCAACACAGUUUCCACACUCACGGGAAAACUCAGUUUGAGUGAGGAUCUCAUCUUCUGUAGUUGGACCAUUAUCAUCCAGCGACAGGAGCUAGAAAAUGGUGUUUGGUAUCCAGAAGCUCAUCCAAGACCACCUGGUGGAGCGAAGAAUCCGCAGAACUCGGCUGGUGACCAAAGAUGGCCGCUGCAACAUUGAAUUUGGCAACGUCAAAUACGGCAACCACUUUGCUUUCCUCGUGGACUUCUGGACGACCUUUGUGGAGUUCCGCUGGCGCUUUGUCCUCUUCUUCUUCAUCACCUCCUUCACCCUGAGCUGGUUCAUCUUCAGCCUGCUGUGGUUCUGGAUUGCCCGGAACAACGGGGAUCUGAAGUGGCAGAACCCCUCAAACGAUCACACCCCCUGUGUGUGGAACGUCGUCGGUCUCACUACAGCCUUCCUCUUCUCCCUGGAGACCCAGACCACCAUCGGGUAUGGUGUACGCGCCAUUACCCCUUACUGUCCUGUUGCUGUAGCCCUAAUCAUUAUCCAGACUCUCAUAGGGGCCCUCAUACACUGCUUCAUAUGUGGAGUGAUUGUGUCCAAGAUAUCCCUCCCUAAGAAAAGGGCCAAGACCAUCACAUUCAGUGAGAUGGCUGUCAUCUGUCCUAAGAAGGACUUCCUUUGCCUCAUGAUAAGAGUGGCCAACUUACGCAAGACCCUGAUGAUCGGGAGCCAAAUCUAUGGCAAGCUGUUGAGGACAACCGUCAAACCCGAUGGGGAGACAAUCAUCAUGGACCAGGUGAACAUUGAGUUCCUGAUGGACGCUGGGAAGGACAACCUCUUCUUUGUGUGCCCUCUCACACUCUACCAUGUGAUUGACAAGGCGAGCCCUUUCUUUGACAUGGCAGAGGACACCUUCCAUAAACAGGAGUUUGAGCUGGUGGUCUUUCUGGACAGCACAGCCGAGACCACCAGCUCAGCCUGCCAGGUCAGGACUUCCUUCAUCCCUCAGGAGAUCAUGUGGGGUUACAACUUCCUGCCCAUCAUCUCCCGCAGUAAAGAGGGCAAGUACAGAGUGGACUUCUCCAACUUCUCCAAGGUGGUGGCGGUGACCACUGCACACUGUGCCUACUGCUUCCACAACAUAGUAGGACACCACAUCCCCUCCAUUAAUGGAAUCGACAACAGUGGAUUUGGAGUGAUUGGUAUCCUAGAAUAACUUAAUAUGACCAAGUUGUGAACUUUUGGAGGAAAAAUGAAUAAUAUGUACAGUUGAAGUGGGAGGUUUACAUACACUUAGGUUGGAGUCAUUUAAAAUAGUUUUUCAACCACUCCACAAAUUUCUUGUUAACAAACUAUAGUUUUGGCAAGUCGGUUAGGACAUCUACUUUGUGCAUGACACAAGUAAUUACAGACGGAUUAUUUCACUUAUAAUUCACUGUAUCACAAUUCCAGUGGGUCAGAAGUUUACAUACACUAAGUUGACUGUGGCUUUAAACAGCUCAGAAAAUUCCAGAAAAUUAUGUAAUGGCUUUAAAAGCUUCUGAUAGGCUAAUUGACAUCAUUCGAAUCAAGUGGAGGUGUACCUUUGGAUGUAUUUCAAGGCCUACCUUCAAACUCAGUGACUCUUCGCUUGACAUCAUGGGAAAAUCCAAAUUAAUCAGCCAAGACCUCAGAAAAAAAUUGUAGACCUCCACAAGUCUGGUUCAUCCUUGGGAGCAAUUUCCAAACGCCUGAAGGUACCACGUUCAUCUGUACAAACAAUAGUACGCAAGUAUGAACACCACGGGACCACUCAGCCGUCAUACCGCUCAGGAAGGAGAUAUGUUGUGUCUCCUAGAGAUGAACGUACUUGGUGCCGAAAAGUGCAAAUCAAUCCCAGAACAACAGCAAAGGACCUUGUGAAGAUGCUGGAGGAAACAGGUACAAAAGUAUCUAUAUCCACAGUAAAACGAGUCCUAUAUCGACAUAAACUGAAAGGCUGCUCAGGCAGGAAGAAGCCACUGCUCCAAAACCGUCAUGAAAAAACUAGACUAUGGUUUGCAACCGCACAUGGGGGAAAAAAUCAUACUUUUUGGAGAAUUGUCUGAUGAAACAAAAAUAGAACUGUUUGCUGCGGGAUUGACAGGUGCACUUCACAAAAUAGAUGGCAUUACGAGGGAGGAAAAUUAUGUGGAUAUAUUGAAGCAACAUCUCAAGACAUCAGUCAGGAAGUUAAAACUUGGUCGCAAAUGGGUCUUCCAAAUGGACAAUGACCCCAAGCAUACUUCCAAAGUUGAGGUAAAAUGGGUCAAAGACAAAAAAGUUAAGUUGUUAGAGUGGCCAUGACAAUCCCUGACCACAAUCCUAUUGAAAAUGUGUGGGCAGAACUGAAAAAGCGUGUGCGAGCAAGGAGGUCUACAAACCUGACUCUGUCAGGAGGAAUGGGCCAAAAUUCACCCAACUUAUUGUGGGAAGCUUGAGGAAGGCUACCCGAAAUGUUUGACCCAAGUUAAACAAUUUAAAGGCAAUGCUACCAAAUAGUAAUUGAGUGUACAGUAUGUAAACUUCUGACCCACUGGGAAUGUGAUGAAAGAAAUAAAAGCUGAAAUAAAUCACUCUCUUCUAUUAUUCUGACAUUUCACAUUCUUAAAAUAAAUUGGUGAUCCUAACUGACCUAAGACAGGGAAUGUCUUUGAUUAAAUGUCAGGAAUUAUGAAAAUCUGAGUUUAAAUGUAUUUGACUAAGGUGUAUGUAAACUUCCAACUUCAACUGUAUAUAUACAGUGGGGAGAACAAGUAUUUGAUACACUGCUGACUUUGCAGGUUUUCCUACUUAGAAAGAGGUCUGUACUUUUUAUCAUAGGUAGUACACUUCAACUAUGAGAGACGGAGUCUAAAACAAAAAUCCAGAAAAUCACAUUGUAUGAUUUUUAAGUAAUCAAUUAGCAUUUUAUUGCAUGACAUAAGUAUUUGAUACAUCAGAAAAGCAGAACUUAAUAUUUGGUACAGUAACCUUUGUUUGCAAUGACAGAGAUCAUACGUUUCCUAUAGUUCUUGACCAGGUUUGCACACACUGCAGCAGGGAUUUUGGCCCUCUCCUCCAUACAGACCUUCUCCAGAUCCUUCAGGUUUCGGGGCUGUCGCUGGGCAAUACGGAAUUUCAGCUCUUUCCAAAGAUUUUCUAUUGUGUUCAGGUCUGGAGCUUGGCUAGGCCACUCCAGGACCUUGAGGUGCUUCUUACAGAGCCACUCCUUAGUUUCCCUGGCUGUGUGUUUCGGGUCGUUGUCAUGCUGGAAGAUCCUUCAAUGCUCUUACUGAGGGAAGGAGGUUGUUGGCCAAGAUCUCGCGAUACAUGGCCCCAUCCAUCCUCCCCUCAAUACGGUGCAGUCGUCCUGUCCCCUUUGCAGAAAAGCAUACCCAAAGAAUGAUGUUUCCACCUCCAUGCUUCACGGUUGGGAUGGUGUUCUUGGGGUUGUACUCAUCCUUCUUCUUCCUCCAAACACGGCGAGUGGAGUUGAGACCAAAAAGCUCUAUUUUUGUCUCAUCAGACCACAUGACCUUCUCCCAUUCCUCCUCUGGAUCAUCCAGAUGGUCAUUGGCAAACUUCAGACGAGCCUGGACAUGCGCUGGCUUGAACAGGGGGACCUUGCGUGCGCUGCAAGAUUUUAAUCCAUGACGGCGUAGUGUGUUACUAAUGGUUUUCUUUGAGACUGUGGUCCCAGCUCUCUUCAGGUCAUUGACCAGGUCCUGCCGUGUAGUUCUGGGCUGAUCCCUCACCUUCCUCAUGAUCAUUGAUGCCCCAUGAGGUGAGAUCUUGCAUGGAGCCCCAGACCGAGGGUGAUUGACCAUCAUCUGUGACUUCUUCCAUUUUCUAAUAAUUGCGCCAACAGUUGUUGCCUUCUCACCAAGCUACUUGCCUAUUGUCCUAUAGCCCAUCCCAGCUUUGUGCAGGUCUACAAUUUUAUCCCUGAUAUCCUUACCAGCUCUCUGGUCUUGGCCAUUGUGGAGAGGUUGAGUGUGUGGACAGGUGUCUUUUAUACAGGUAACGAGUUCAAACAGGUACAGUUAAUACAGGUAAUGAGUGGAGAACAGGAGGACUUCAAAGAAAAACUAACAGGUCUGUGAGAGCCGGAAUUCUUACUGGUUGGUAGGUGAUCAAAUACUUAUGUCAUGCAAUAAAAUGCAAAUUAAUUACUUAAAAAUUAUACAAAAAAAUGUAUAAGUAGAAAAACUUGCAAAAUCGGCAGUGUAUCAAAUACUUAUUCUCCCCACUGUACAUACAGUAGGGUACGAUAUUAAAGAUACCGUUGAUAAAGAUGAGCAAUAUUGAAUGUAUAAAAUAACUAAAAUAAACUGUGCUAUAUUGUAUCCAACUUUUUGGGGGGAAAAAACCCUAUGCCAGCAUUUCAUGCCCAAGGAAAGCACCUCGGGAUAACAAGGGCAGUAACUAGAGGGGAUUCCAUUGUCUCUUUUCAACACAGUAAAAUCGGUCCAUCAACCUUCUCUGUAAUAGCUACAGUAUACUGGUUUGCAAUGCCCAUGGACAUGAGAAGCCGCAAUGAUUAUUGUAUUUUUAAAAUGUAAUUUAAAACAUGGCUCAAAUCUAUCCAAACCUGUACACAUGAGUUAUCUGUGGUUCCUCGUACGUAAGACGACAAUUGAUGAUAGUGUUGUUGUUGUUGUUGUUAGAAUUAUAUAUUAUUGGAUGUAAUGUAUUUGUAUUUUGUAUUACUUUAGUGAGUAUUUGUAUUGUGGCUGUGUAAGGACCCUUACAUGUCCAGGGACUACGGGUGCAAAUGAGCUUUUGACUAAACCCGGCACAUUUACAUGGAUGUUUCAUUAUUGUAAUAUUGAUGUUGAUUAAUGUGCAUUGUCCCCUAUAAAUAAAUAAAUAAAUAAAAAUAAAUAAAUACAUUUCCACAA